AACCUUAGCCCCUUCUUCAGCACAACUCCACAAAGGAACAAAGCCCUUCCUUCCUUCCUGCAUCAGAUGGUUCAAAGGUCUCUCCAUUCUACCCUCAAUUUCUUAGUUUUGUUUUGCAAUUUAUUUGCCAAUAACAGAUACUGCCUUCAUAGCCUUUGACUCGAUGUCCUCUGAAGAUUGCCAUUGAAACUCCAACCUCAGUACCCAAAACCCACAGUAGCAAUGGCAGCUUUAGUUGCAAUGCCUAGGAUAAGAAUGAAAAUUACAGUUUUCCCAGAUGCUUUUCCUCCAUUUUUGUGCCGAUCCUACAGACCGAAGAAAGUCUCAGUCUUCCAUAGAAGGAGGUCUUUUUCAGUCUCUGCGUCUUCAACAAAGGAGACCCAAGACCAAAUACGCGUUCGUUUUGCUCCUUCUCCCACUGGAAAUCUCCAUGUUGGUGGAGCUAGAACUGCGCUAUUCAAUUAUCUCUUUGCCAGGGCCAAUGGAGGGAAAUUUGUUUUGAGAAUUGAAGACACUGAUUUGGAGAGGUCUACUAAAGAAUCUGAGGAGGCUGUGUUAAAUGACCUCUCUUGGCUUGGUCUUGAUUGGGAUGAAGGACCCGGUGUUGAUGGAGAUUAUGGUCCAUACCGGCAAUCAGAAAGAAAUUCUUUGUACAAGCAAUACGCUGAGAAGCUUUUAGAGUCUGGUUAUGUCUAUCGCUGCUUUUGUUCUAGUGAGGAACUAGAGAAAAUGAAGGAGAUUGCGAAACUAAAACAACUGCCUCCAGUAUACACAGGGAAGUGGGCCAAUGCAACAGACAAAGAAGUACAAGAAGAGCUUCAAAGAGGAACUCCUUACACAUAUCGGUUUCGUGUGCCAAAGGAAGGAAGUUUGAAAAUCAAUGACCUUAUUCGAGGCGAGGUCAGUUGGAACUUGGACACUCUUGGAGAUUUUGUAAUUAUGAGAAGCAAUGGUCAACCAGUGUACAAUUUUUGCGUGACAGUUGAUGAUGCUACCAUGGCUAUCUCACAUGUUAUUAGAGCAGAGGAGCAUUUACCAAAUACUCUAAGGCAAGCAUUAAUAUAUAAGGCUCUAGGAUUCCCAAUGCCUCACUUUGCACAUGUUUCCUUAAUUCUUGCACCGGACCGGAGUAAGCUGUCAAAGAGGCAUGGCGCAACUUCAGUGGGCCAGUACAGGGAGAUGGGCUAUCUACCCCAGGCAAUGGUGAACUACUUGGCACUGUUAGGUUGGGGUGAUGGCACUGAAAAUGAAUUUUUCACCCUGGACCACCUAGUUGAGAAAUUUUCAAUUGGUCGUGUCAACAAAAGUGGUGCCAUUUUUGACUCUACCAAGCUAAGGUGGAUGAAUGGUCAACACUUGAGAGCACUUCCAUCAGAGGAGUUGAUAAAGCUUAUUGGUGAGCAAUGGAAAAGUACUGGCAUCCUUACAGAGUCAGAGGGUUCAUUUGUUGAAGAUGCAGUUCAGUUGCUCAAGGAUGGGAUUGAUUUGACACCAGAUUCAGAUAAAGCACUCUCAAACUUGUUAUCGUACCCUUUACAUGAAACUUUAUCCAGUCCUGAAGCCAAACCAGUCUUAGAGGACAAACUUUCUGAGUUUGCAGGCAGCUUCAUAGCUGCUUAUGACAGUGGUGAACUACUUGCUGCACUCGAAGAAGGCCAUGCUGGUUGGCAGAAAUGGGUGAAGAGCUUUGGCAAAUCACUGAAGCGCAAGGGGAAAUCACUGUUCAUGCCUCUCCGAGUGCUGUUAACAGGAAAGCUUCAUGGCCCGGAUAUAGGGGCUAGCGUGCUUUUACUGCAUAAUGGUGGAAAAUCUGGUAUUAUUGCUCCUCAAGCUGAGUUUGUGACAUUGGAUGAGAGGUUCAGAGUAUUGAGAAAAGUUGACUGGGAAGCGUUAACCAAGAACCAGUCUCAGCUGGAGACUGCCGCCACUGUAUCAACUUGAGAGUUCAGAGUUUUCAGGUUUUUUUAUCAACUUGAGAGUUCAGUGUUUUCAGUUUUUUUUAUCAACUUGAGAGUUCACAGUUUUCAGUUUUUUUUCUUUGUUUUAGCUUGCACAUGAAGUUAUUCAUCACAAUCGUAUUUUUGGGAGAAAACGAAAUUUUUACCAAGUUACAUAAUCAUUUAUCAUGA